GAUUCGGUGAGGGUGAAGUUAGAAGUCAUCAACGAUAAUCCUCAUUCCGACUACUUUAACGCUUCUUACAUUCCCAGUUUUGACAAUGACAAGGCUUACAUUGCAUCACAAGGACCCAACAAGGCCUCUAUGGAUGAUUUCUGGAGGAUGGUCUGGCAGGAGAAUGUGACGACUAUUGCCAUGGUAACGAAGCUCAAGGAAGGAGAUAAGAUCAAAUGCGGUAAGUACUGGCCUAAUAAACCAGGCGAUUCGGUGAAGUUUGGAAAUAUCAGAGUGGAACUGGUGUCACUGGAAGCAUGCACAGGUGGAAUCAAAAGGACAAUGACGAUGAUAAAGGAUGAAGAGUUGAGGACCGUCACUCAGUUCCACUUCACAGAGUGGCCUGACAAGGGUGUUCCUAAACACACCUCAUCACUACUCAAGUUCAUCAAGGAAGUCAAAGCUGAUCAUGGACAGUACACUCAUCCUCUGAUCAUACAUUGCAGUGCUGGUGUUGGACGAACAGGCGUGGUGAUCAGUAUCGAUAGCGUCGUAGCUCAUGCCAAGACAACUAGAAUGGUAGAUGUCUUCAACUUCGUGACGAACAUCAGACAGAAACGACCAUACAUGGUCCAAACACAGGAGCAGUAUGCCUUCAUCUACGGGGCUGUCCUUGAGGAUCUUCUCUGGAGGAAUACCCUGAUCCCUGUCGUACAUUUCACUGAUCAUCUACAAGACUUACACUCUUCAGGCGAUGGACGUGGACGGUCCAAGAUGACCAAGGAGUUCCAGACUUUGAAGAGCCUCUGUCCAGAUCCUCCGGCUUCUCAAACGAGAUCAGGACGCACUCGAGAUAAUCACCCCAAGAAUAGAUACGGAAACAACCUACCAUUGCAGAGGAAUCGUGUGAUACUAGACUCCCCAGAUCAUGAUUACAUCAAUGCUAGUCAAAUGAAGGGGAUCCACUGUACAUUCAUGACAACCCAGAUGCCGCUGCCAACCACUGUGUCUGAUUUCUGGUCUAUGGUCCUCGACAAUAAACCAUCCACUGUCGUCAUGCUUAACGACAAGAGCCAAAACGACAAGAGCUGUGCACAGUACUGGCCUGAUGCUAACUCGGUUCAGUUUGGAUCCUAUUCAGUUUCAACCUUAUCAACGUCAUCUGAUGGGGACAUGACCAUUCGGCAACUGAAAGUUACCAGAAACUCCAAAACCAGUCACACCGUCACUCAGUACCAGUUCCAUGGAUGGCCUAAACAUGGAUCAGAUCAACAACCAGGGGCUAGGUCGUUGAUGAAGCUCAUCCGUGCUGUCAAAAGUUCCACUAACAAAAUGAAUGAAUUCUCCAUUCUUGUCCAUUGUUUGAGUGGUGCUGGGCGAACAGGUGUGUUUUGCACUGCUAUGGAGUGUAUCGCUCAGAUAGCUGAGGGAGAUUCCGUCGAUAUUUUCCAGACAGUCAAGAUACUGCGAGCUGACAGGAUGCAGUUCGUCCAAACUGAGGAGGAAUAUGCUUUCGUCUACGAUGUCAUCCGUGAAUACCUGCAAACUGAAAACUAUGAGCAGCUUCCAUACCCGAUAGAGGACCACACGUAUGGCAAUGUAGAAAUCGACUACACACUUGACCCGGAAGAGAACCCGUAUGAGGUCACAGAUCCGCAGGAUGCAGGCGCCACCGCAUUCCUGUAUGGCAACGUAGAGACUGAGAGGAGCCAGGACAGGCCGAAGCCAGAGCCUCAACAACCCUACUCUGUAUACGAGAACGUUGCAUUUGAUUCUUAAAUUCAUAUAUUUUUUCGUUGUUUGAAUGGUGGUCUGUAUACGAGAACUUUGCAUUUGAUUCUUAAAUUCAUAUAGUUUUUCGUUGUUUGAAUGGUGGUCUGUAUACGAGAACUUUGCAUUUGAUUCUUAAAUUCAUAUAGCAUUGCGUUGGUUGAAUGAUGGUCGUGAAAUCUAUGGACGAAACUGUAUUUGUAGAUAUUUUUGGUUGUGAAGUAUUUUUGUUUUAACCUUAGAAAAUAAAGUGGAACUACGGAAAAUUUAUUGUGGAGGUGUCGUAGUAUACUUGGUUCAUUCACUUGAUUUUCAAUCCAAGGCCGGUUAGGGUUCGAAUCUCAGCCCGGCACUAACAUCAUAUGGCAAGCCAUUAAUACACAUCUGUACAGGUCCAUUGUUUUUGGUUAUCGAGUGAAUGUUCUUUAAGCUUAUGAAGUACAUAGUUAUGAUGUAUUAAGAUGUCUUAAAGGUAAUACACAGUUUUGGUAUGGGGUCAUGAAUUUGGUUCAAAUGAACAUAUUGGGAGCAUAUGCGAUCUUAAAUAAUUCAGUGAUCGUUGUCGCCGUUGAAAUCGAGUCUAAAGUUAUAAAAUUGUAAAUAAUACACUCUUUAUGUUGUAUA